AUUCUGACUGCCAACAUGUGUUGGUGUUAUUUGUUCACCUCAAUUGUCUUCAUCAAAAUAUCAUUUAUUCAUGACAAAUGUAUUUUUCUUGUGUUUAUACAGGUUUGCCUGUUUACAAAUCCCAUAUGGCUGGUGAAAACACGGAUGCAACUACAAACACCCGGGCAUACUUCGUCUUAUUCUGGAUUUUCGGAUGCUUUGAGAACUAUUCGGAAAGAGGAGGGAUGGCGAGCACUUUAUAGAGGGAUCGGGCCUGGACUUUUGCUGGUCACCCAUGGCGCGAUACAAUUCACUGCCUAUGAGGAACUUCGCAAGGCUAUGAUAUCUGCGAAAAGUAAACAAACAAGGGGAGAUGACAAAGGCAGCGAGGAUUUAUUGAACUCCGUUGAUUAUGCGGCACUUGGCGCUGGUUCAAAAUUAUCUGCUAUUCUGCUUACUUAUCCUUAUCAGGUUAUCCGAGCCCGCUUACAGCAACGACCUGGUAGUGAUGGUAUCCCAAAGUACUCAGAUAGUUGGCAUGUAGUGAAGGAAACUGCAAGGUACGAAGGUGUCCGGGGUUUUUACAGGGGCAUCACGUCCAACCUGUUGAAGAACCUUCCAGCGGCUUCUGUGACGUUUGUGGUGUAUGAAAAUGUCAUCAAACUAUUCAGAGCAACCAAGGAGAAGACGUAGUUCCAACUUGCAACUGAAGCCAGGAGAAACAUAGGAGGAAAUAGGGAAUAUACUACUGUUCCAUUCAAAUACAGAAUCUGUUCAUUCACCACACUAUCCGAGCUGAACGUGAUGUUCCAUCACAUUUCCCAGUUCAGCUCUUGUUCAUUUAACACAAACGGGAUUUAGUUUGGCAAACUUGUUUUUUGUAGAGAAAACUCAUUUUUCUUUUUCUUCACGAAGGAAUAGCUCAUUGAUUCAUGUUGUCCAGUUAAAUGCUUGUUGAAUAUAGUGCUGGUUCGCUCU